UGGGUAAUGACUAGGAAAAUGGGGUAGCAUUGAUGGAAAUAGGUCUUGGUUGGGAAUUGCACUAUGAAAAUGGAUAAAAGUUGAUGGUAGAUCAUGCUAAACAUUGCAAGGCUGAAGAAUAAGUGUGACUAAAAAUGAAGUGAUAAUUUCUUUUGAAAUUAAAGUAUUUUUCUGCCUGGCCAGGAUAAAGAAGAGUUAAGUUUUGCCAUGUUGAGUUCAACCCCAAAUAUCAUCUUGACAAAUGAUAAAAAAUAUUAAUGCAAGAACUUGGAGUCUUUUGCAUUGGCUUGGAAAAACUAGUUUGAAUUGGAAACUAUGUGAAUAUGAGAAACUUUUUGCAGUAUUAUCUUCAUUUCCUCCCAGGUUGAGCAGUAAUUGUAAAUGGUACAAAAAAGAGAUCUCUGACCUACCAAGAAUGGUGGGGAUUGCUGACCAUUUAUGCCAAUGAUAGUCUUCUGCAUGUUCAUAUUCUGCUGUAACUAAGCUCCAAUUGAUCAGCAUGUUUCAUUUUAUUUUACAUUUUUUUUUUCCAUAGAAAGUUUCGUCUUUGUAUGUUCAGUCACAAGAUUUUUUUGCUUCAGGUUUCGAAUUGGUUUAUAAAUGCACGUGUGCGUCUCUGGAAGCCUAUGGUCGAAGAAAUGUACAAGGAAGAGUUUGCUGAUGCAGAGAUGGAUUCUAACUCAUCAUCUGAUAACUUGGCAAAAGCACUAAAAGGUGAUAUGAGGACCUCUGAGGAUAGAGGGGAAGAUUUUCAACAAACUGGGAGCUCAGCAGCCAUGGAGAGAAUUAGCACGGGUCAAUUGAUGGAUUCCAAAUCCGACCACGUUCCUGAUGCAGAAUUUACUGGAACAACUGGAGGAUUGCACAACAGCAUGCGCGAAGCUGAAACUGAAUAUGGGUUGCUGAAACUGAGGGAAGGACAAAGACCUAAUGUAGAUGACUGCAGUCUCUUCCCUGAUACGAUUGUUCAUUCUGAUGGGGCCAGUGACCGAUUUAUGGCAGCAGCAGCUGCUGCUUACCACAUGCCGGAGAUGGGGAGAUUUGGGAGCGGAACUGGUGUAUCUCUCACUUUAGGUUUGCAGCAUUGUGAGGGAGCUAAUCGACCAACUUCUGGUGGAAAUCAUCGCACAUUUGUAGGGGUAAGAGGGGCUGAAGAUAUAUAUAAUGCCGCAGCAUCCUCAGUUGGAACUGAAACAGUGGACUACGAAUGCAUAAAUCCCAAUAACCGGCAACAUAGGUUCAGCUCAUCCCAGUUGUUGCACGAUUUUGUAGCGUGAAAAUGAAAGCAAUUGCAGACUUUCUAUUGCACUGCUUCAAAUCUUCGAACCAUUCUUAUCAAGUGGAGGGGAGGGAGAGCUGGAGGAGGUGGGAAGGAACUUCCGGAAGCAUGACAGGUCCAUUAUUCUUGAUGCUUCUUUUUUUUGAAGCAUAUUUUCACUUGGUUGCAAUUGGCAUAAGAUUGUAGUUUCUCUGAAUAUGAAAACAUAUAAAAACACAGUUGUAACAUAUAUCAAGAAAUGGAACGUUAGCAUAUUUGUAAAGAUACAUAUAGUUUUUGUCUGAUAUGUGGAAGAAAAGGUGUAAAAGAUUAGUUGUGUCCUGCAACUUCUGUUGUUGAAGAAUAUUAUUACUUCAUUGAAAUAAGAAUGGUAGGGAUUUGGAUUGUCAUUAA